GAGAUAUAGUUGAACGGAAUAUCAAGUGAACUUCUGGAUUAAAAAAAAUUAUACCCGAAAUUCGCUAUACACCAUGUAUUUAUAUAAGAUUCGGUUCAUCCACACUCACGUUUAUUUAACCUUUCACAAUGAAUUGUUUUUUGGAUCUCACAUUACCCAAAAAAAAAAGAUCUAUAAGGGUAUGGUUGGAUGUAUGUAUGGUGGUCCAUCAAUCUCGAACUGUGUUGUGUGUGGGCGCAGGAAGCGGUUGAAUGGGAACACAAAAGCAGAAUACAAGGCAAAAUGCAUGCUUGUGGGCAUGACGCCCAUGUGGCUAUGCUUCUUGGUGCCGCCAAUAUACUUAAAGCUCGAGAGCAUCUUCUCAAGGGAACAGUGGUGCUGAUAUUCCAGCCGGCGGAAGAAGCCGGGAACGGCGCGAAGAAGAUGAUAGGAGACGGAGCCCUCGAAGAUGUGGAGGCCAUGUUCGCCCUACACGUGUCCCACAACCAUCCGACCGGUGUGAUCGGUUCCCGGAGCGGCCCUUUGCUCGCCGGAUGUGGGUUUUUCCGGGCAGUCAUCACUGCGGAGAACGGUGGCGGUGGCUCCGCCGAUCUGAUCCUCGCCGCAUCCGCCGCCGUCAUCAGCUUGCAGAACAUUGUUUCCCGCGAAGCCAGUCCUCUUGACGCUCAGGUUGUGUCGGUGACGUCAUUCGACGGCGGCCACAGCCUCGACUCGCCACCGGACAAGGUGGUUCUCAGUGGCACGUUCAGAGCUUUCUCCAACGCAAGCUUCUACCAGCUCAUGACGCGUAUUCAAGAGGUGACGGUAGAACAAGUGGGAGUAUACGGCUGCGAAGCAACGGUGAAUUUCUUCGAGAACCAGAGCGGGAUUUACCCUCCGACGAUAAACGACGAGGCAAUGUACGAACACGUGAGGAAAACGACGGUGGAUUUGCUCGGGGAAAGCUACUUCAAAGUGGCUCCUCAAAUGAUGGGUGCAGAGGAUUUCGCCUUCUACUCCGAAAUCAUCCCCUCCGCCUUCUACUUCAUCGGCAUCAGGAACGAGGAGCUGGGGUCUGUCCAUAUCGGACAUUCCCCUCAUUUCACCAUCGACGAGGACAUGUUGCCUGUCGGAGCCGCUGUUCACGCGGCAGUGGCUGAGAGAUACCUGGUCGACCGUACAUAAAAGAACCCUAGUGUUUUGUUUUAGGUUUCUAUAGAGAAUAUUAUUUGGUAUUUUUCAUUGGCCAAAUUGUUGUCUCUUCUUAAUUAGGUAGAAGUAUUGAGAGGCGUAUUAUUUGAUCUGUAAGCAUGUGGGUGCAACUAUCAAGUAUAUAUUAUAAGAUGAUGAUUCUGAUAAACCCCUGCGUGUGUAUCGGAGGAG